AAACUGGCGCUAAUCGUCAUUUUGAAAGAAACAAUAUGGGAGACAGGUUACCUCUGGAAAGCAGAGAUAUGAAUGUUAUCUCCGGGUCAGACAGUGACAGCUCAGAUGCUGAUUCUCCUCCGAAGAUCCGCAAAACCCGGUCAACAAGGUCCGUCCGUAGCACAUUAGCCGCCAACCCAACAGCUGUGCCUGUACCGUUUCCCAAGAAACAAGUAUCUGUGUACUCUACUAGAGUCACAAAGUGUUUGGAGGACUUGAAGUCGGGCAGGAUUCAACUGUGCAUCGACAAAGAUGAAGAGGAAAUAGCAAUAGUUGACCCCCUACAGCCAGAUGUAAAAGCCAACAACAGAGUGCCGAUAGUGACACUUGAUGAGAGCAAGGAUGACUUGGAGUGCUCUCAUGUCACAACACCAGAGUCUUCAUUCGUGCGAUCCCGUUCGCCAACACCACCUCCCACCCCCGACUCUACAGUGACACAGAAACCCACCAGGACUCGCAGGAUGAACAGGAACAUGAAGAAGGCUCUCCAGACAUUGGAAGGUAUGAAGGACACAAUACGAGUGCACUCAUCGUCCGAGGACGAGGACCUGGUGAUUAUCAGCCACCUCAGCAGCCCUGCCCCCGAGACCACGAGCAUGACGGCCAAGAUCCGCUACAAGUCCAAGAUCUACAAGUACAGCAUGAGGAAGGCAGACACAUUCCAAAGCAUCAAGACGAGGCUGGCAGGGGACAUUGAUGUAGAGGAGGAUCAUCUGUUCUUCAUGCUGGCCGACAGGAACAUCCUGCCCACAGAAACCCCCCAUCAGCAUCGGCCUGCACAUCGCCGAUAUCAUCGACUGCCACUUGUACAGCCCUGGAGUGUUGGACAUGUUGGAGGAAGACAUUCGGACCAGGGACGCCAUCUCCCUCUACGUCCAGUGCAGCAACAGGAAGAACAAGAUCCUCAUCAAGAUCAACAAGCACCAGGCAUUGCGCAAGCUGAUGAGUACUUAUGCAUCCAAAGUGAAAACAGAACUGUCCUAUUUGAAGUUCAUGUUUGAUGGAGAAGACAUUUCACCGUCCAUGACUCCAGAGACGUUGGAGAUGGAGGACAUGGACACAAUAGAUGCCAUCGAAGUGUGAAACUUGAGAGGAGUUGUACCAGUUCAUCACUGAGGUGUGAGACCUGACAAGAGAGUUGUGCCUGCACAUGCCAUCGAAGUGUGAAAUUUGUUAGAGGAGUUGUGCCAGCACAUCAUUGAGAUGAGUCUUGACGGAAGCUGUGCCAUCAUAGUGUGAGACUAGUCGGAGUAGUUGUGCCUGCACAUGCCAUCGAGGUGCGAGAGUCAUCAGCAGAGUCGCACCUGUGCAAGCCAUCGAAAUAUAAGACAUUCAUUCAGAAGCCAGCCCAUAGAUUUCAUAUAAUUCUCUUUGGCAGGUCAUGCUUCGUGAUGCUCUAAAGCGUGAAUGUUGUCAAGAAGCUGAUGCAGGCUGCUGAAGUAUGCAGGCCCUUGGAGUCUUGCUGAUGGAUGCAAUUAAUGUGUGAGACUUGUCAGGGUGCUCCUACAGACCACUAUACCGAUCUGUGUCUGAGACUUAUGCCUCUUCAGAGCCAGCAUGUAUAUUACAUCUACGUUUGACCUCAGUUCUAACAAGGGCUCAACAUGACCUGGGCUGAAGUCAGUACUGUUAGUUAUUAAUAUGUCCAACAAAACUUGGGUGAAAAGGACAGCUCACGUUAUCUUAUAUUUUUGUAAAAUGACAUUCGGGGCGGUAGGGUAGCCUAGUGGUUAAAGCGUUGGCUCGUCACGCCGAAGACCCAGGUUCGAGUCCCCACAUGGGUACAAUGUGUGAAGCCCAUUUCUGGUGUACCCCGCCGUGAUGUUGCUGGAAUAUUGCUAAAAGCGGCGUAAAACCAAACUCAGUCAGUCAGUCAGUUAAAAUGACAUUCAAAAUUCGCCUGUCAUAGAACUGAGAACAGAAGUGCUCCUGGAAGAGUUUAGUCAUCUCCAUCGUGAUCAUGUCCAUCCAUCAAGUGUAUAAUGUAUAUAGUGUAUCUAUAUAGUAGGUGUAUGUAUAAACACGAGAACAGUAUCAUGUAUGUGUCAUUGUAGAAACAGGUUCGUUUCUAGUGUAUUUCAGCAGACCUGCACUUUGAAUAUUCUGUGCCAUUGGCUCAAUUGAUGCCACAGGAAAUUGAGACUCGUCAGAGGAGUUGUGCCUAUGCAGAGAAAUCUUGCUUAUCCAGACUCUUCCGUUUUCUCACAUUUUUGUCUGAAUAAACAAUUAUCCUGAUGAAUUAUCA